UUGGCCGACGGCUCUCCCGCAAUCCCCACCUACUAGGUGGCAGUUCGAAAGUGUAGUUGUGUAGUUUAUCAAGACGAAAGGACGGGCGCUGCUCUCUCUUUCCUUCUUUAUUUCCCCAUUUCCCAUAAGUCUUAACCGCUACGAGAAAAUCUUCAAAUGUUAUAUCGGUGCAUUAAUAUGUGACGUUCAAAAGAAAAGAAGGCCAAGGGAACGUGCGAAAGGGUGGUUACGCGCGGUUCUUAAUCACUUUUCAAGUGUGGGAGAAAAUCUUUGCAGGAGGAGGUGAAAAGCCGAACACGAGAUCGACGAAGACGAAGACGAAGACGAAGACGACGAAGACGAAGACGAAGACGACGAAGACGACGAAGACGAAGACGACAACGACGUUCGAGGUGCAGGAGAGAGAAAGAAGAAAAGCAGUGGUGGAGAGGUCGUUCGUCGAGAGGCCGUCGAAAGGCCCUGGCGAGAGAUUAAGGAGAGACGAAAGAAAGGAGGAGAAAAACGACACUGCGAGUCGAGAAAAGAGGUGUCGGAUUAUAGACUAUAGAGGACGAGAAAGAAGAAACAAAAGAAGCUAAAAUUUGUCUACUUUUGAAAAAACGUAGAAGGAAGAUACAAACGAAGACUUGUAACGUAUCGCCAAAAGGCUCGACCGAAGACGCACGGAGACGUACGAAGAGCGACCGAUUGAAGGAAAAGAACAAGCGUGGACAAUACAGUAAGAGUGUGAAGACGAUAGGGACAACGACAAUCGAAGACGUACGCGUGUUAGGUUAUUCCUCAUUCAUUAAAAUAAAUCAUUAGUGAUUUUCCGUUAUUAACGGAAAGAUAACCUAAAAACGGAAGAAAAAGUUGGAGAAAAGACACGUAUUCACGGAUAUUGGUAGAAGAAUCUCUCUUUCUGUCUAUCUAUAUUUUUAUCCCAAAGACGAAAACGAAGGCGAAGUCGUCACGGUGGUCGAGAGUUCCGGGUGCGGAGAUAGUUUCCUCGCGAUCACGGAAUUGUUCUCUGCUUCACUCUCUCGUUCUGACGUUCCGAAGCACGAGAUUAAAAAGAGAAAAAAAGAGAGAGAGAUAGAGUGAACGAAAGAAAGAGAGAGAGAGAGAGAGAGAGAGAGAGAGAGAGAGAGAGAGAGAGAGAGAGAACGAAGAGGACGUCAGCUGUAUGCGCUUUACAACGAAGGGGACGACGUGUAUGUGAUACUGUGCGGGGAGAGAGCGCAAACGAGAAGGAAAGAAAGAGAGAGAUAGCAGCCACUGCCGAGAGAUAGAGAAAUGGCGGCGCUGGUGGCAGGUGUCCAGUAUGGUUUGUCGUCGCAAAGCAAUUUUCACGAGAAUAAAUCGCUCAUAUUUGUGAAGCUCACGGAUUCGGCGCAACGUGCCAUCGAAGAUUUUCUUCGAAAUAAGAAUAAGACUAGCCAGAACCCUACGAUACAGUUCCUAGGAAACGAAGGACAACUGUCAUUUCCAUCCACGCAAUCUAGCCAUGGCUCGGCAGGUUUCACCUUCAGCCUAUCUGGCAAUCAAGAUAUUGAAGGACCUCAGGGUGGCUUCGAGUGCAUUCAACAAACAGGUCCAACGAGCCUGGAAAGCCUCGGAGCACUGCCAUAUAAAAUGCGAAUACAAGCGAAUGACGACGUCUACGAGACAACUAGGCAUCGAAUGGCGGUGGCAGAAGAAAAUAAUAAGAAUAAAUGUACCAGGGUGAUCAAAGCAAAUGGACCGGAUAUUGGCCGAAAAGUAAAAGUUAAAAGUACCGUUAAUAAAACGAUACAACCGGUGUCGAACAAUGCGAGAUAUCGAGAAUCAUCAAACGUUCUGCCAUCGUCUACAGGUGGUAAUCAAUCAAGAUUAUCUUCCACCUACAAAUUGACUCCUAUCAAUAAUCAACCGAUGGUUCGUAAUCAACCUGAGAAAAAGGUUUCCGACAUCAUGCGAAGACCACUCAAAGAACGUCUGAUACACCUCCUCGCUUUGCGUCCAUAUAAGAAGCCCGAGUUAUACGAUCGCAUCAACAAAGAAGGAAUCAAGGAACGUGAUCGUAGUAGCGUGACAACGAUCCUGAAACAGGUGGCCUUCAUGCGGGACAACACGUUUCAUCUGCAUAGGUACGUUUGGAACGACGUUCAGGAAGAUUGGCCAUAUUAUACGGACCAAGAAAAAGCUAUGUUGAAGAGGAGAAAACCUCAGAAUCUUACGCCACCUGGAUCCAGCGAUGGUGGAUCUAGUGGUAGCGGACAGUCACCGAAUUCCGUUCAUCCGGGCUCGCCACCAGCAAUAACGGCGCCACCGCCAAAUCUUCUUAACAAGAUGCCUGGCUAUUAUCAGGGUAACGAUGGCCUUCCGACAAAAAAACCACGGAUAUCGCAUUAUAAAAAACCUGAACCUAGCUCAAAUGCAUCCUCUUCUUUGUCUUCCACUUCUUCCAAAGUCAAUGAGAGUGGAAGGACGACAGGUAGUGGUGUUAGUGGUGGUGUCAUUGUUGGUAUCGGUGGCAGUGGUAGUGGUGGUGGUGGUGGUGGUGGUGGUGGUGGUGGUGGUGGAAGUGUCAGUGUAAGUACUAGUGGUAAUGCUAGUUUAUAUGAUGUUUGGGAUCAGAGACAACAACAACAGCAGCAACAGCAACAACGUGAACGCCGUACCGAUUAUCGGGCUGAAAGAACAUCCAACAGUGAAGUGUUACGAAGUGGCGGAAAUUACGGCAAUGGCAAAACUUGUCCAAUGACAGCAAGCAAUAGCAGCGGUGCGAACAAUCAAAGCGACGCCGGUAUUUCGAGCAGCGAGAGUAAUGCCGCGAACGUCAACAUCGUCAGUCAUAAUUCUCAUAAUAGUAUAACUCAUAGUAAUUCAAUGUGCAACAAUCGCAACCACCAUGGGGCUGGUGGUGGUGGUGGCAGCGGUCAAAAUAUUAAUAAAUCAAUCCCAGGUAGUAACGAAAACAGCAUUGGUUCAAGUGUAGAUCAUCUUGCGCGCAACGUGACUAAUUCCACGAGCGGUGUCGCUGUGGGUGGAGUUAGUGCUGGUGCUGGUGAUGGUAGCAAUAGUACUAGCGGUGGUUACAGUGCUAUAUCAUCAAACGGUAUAAUCAACGAGCGAAGAGACAGAAACGAUCGGAUUCGCAGCGAUAGAGAACGAGAAUCGCGUCAAAGGAAUAGUGCCAGCCACGUUAGUACUUCCCUUUCUUCUUCCACCACAGAUCACAAUCUUGUGAAUCUUUCUGACAGAAGCUUGGCGCAGCUUAACGUUAACACCGACGAUAACAUCGUCACGACAUCAACGUGCAACGUCAAUUCACUGGAAAGUCACAACUUAUCCAAAAACAACACUAAUUACCUCGCAAAUUAUACGACAAUAUUUAGCUUGGAACAGAGACGACGUUAUAGAACUGAAUUUAAUGAGGACUACGAAGAAUAUAAAAAGUUGCACGCUCAAGUGGAGAUGGUCUCUGAGCGUUUUCAGCAAUUGGAAGACCGUCUGAAGGAAGAGCAAGCGAUGGGAAAUAUAGAAGGAUGGAAGGAGGUCAGCAAAAUUAUUCUUAUGGAAUACUUGCAAACGAAGAAUGAUCCGAUACAACAACAGACGAAACGUCGCUUCCUAUUUUUGCACGAAAAGCUGAGCCAUAUAAAGAGACUGGUCGCCGAAUACGAUUCGCGAAAUAGUAGUAGCGGAAGCAUGUUAAUCACGGCGAGGAUGCCCAACCACACGAUGGGUGAUACGGGCGAAACGGAUAGUACGCAUUACUGACAUACAAUGAAAAGGCCGGCUUUUUUUGACUACGUCUGUUCUCGAUUGUCGGUACGUUACAGUCGCGACUCGGUUGUCGCAGAAUUUGAAUUUUCUCGGCAAAGUUGCAAGGCUGAUCUUCUUAACGGUCCUUAUGGUUCCUGGAUUAAUAAUCGCCGAAAAAUUAAACUAAACUAAAGUAAAUUAAACUGAAUGGAGGUUGCGCGACUCGAAAACGAACGCCAUUCGACCAAUCUUCCUGCCGUAUUAUGACUUACGAGAUAUCAAUAGGAGAAUGCGUUUCCAAUUUUAUUCUCCAAUAGGUGACCUGACAGACGUUGACCUGUCUUACGUUAGCUGUGAAUAUUCAAUUUGAACUAACAACAACAACAAAUUAUUUCAAAAGCAUAUUGUUUGUUGUAAUGCUUUUUGAUACACAACAAUUUUUAGUUUUAUUUUCUGGCACGUAAAUAAAUAAUGUUGAUGGUUGUCCGACACGGGAACAGGCGACAUAUAAUUGGCCAUGUGAACGCAACAUCUCUACGUUGUUGAUUUCGAUUCCAUCGAUUCCGUUCAACUUCAUUUCGCGCUUUGCGUCGCUCGUCAGGUUUGACUUGCAGCAUUGUGAGUUCUGCGACCUAAGUCGGUACGUCUAAUUGGUGGCAUUUUGAAGAACCAAAAUUCAAUUGAAAAUAAAAAAUUUACUCCCUUAUUUUUUCUAUACAACCAUGUAUACCACGUGUUAGUCUAUUCACGAUAAACGAGAUACACGAAAAAACGCCCGCUGCACGCGUAAAUCCACGGCGAAGUUACCCGCAUUACCUCCACCAACUUUAAUUUUUCUUUCCGUAAAAAUCUUCUACAAAGUAUCAGAAAACUUAAAAAAAAAAUAUGAGUGAAAUCGGUAAAGUCGUUCUCAAAUUAUGGCGUGACCAAGGGAAACGGAUUCAUUUAUAUAUAUAUAUAGAUUGUUUGACUUUCUCCAUUUGCGUUCAGAAAAAAACGCGUGACGAGUGUACGUGAUCAAAUUGGCGUUUUAAAUUCGACCAAUGCUAGCUUCUCGGUUUAACUUGAUUUAUCACUGAUUAUAGAACACGAAAAGGCUGACGACAAUCGGUACGUUUAAAAGGCAAAGAUAAAAAUAAAAUGAAAAAAAGGAGAGAGAGAGAAAAAUAAUAUGAAUAAAAUAAAAAAAGGGAGGGAAAGAAAAAGAGGAUCGGCUAACACCGAGACGGCCAGGGAGAAGAUCUCUCCAAAUGCGCGCGUAAAUUGCGAAAAGAAAGAGGGUAAAUAAGAUAAGUUAAUAUGUAAGUAUAAGUAUAAGUAUAUAUGUAUGGAGUCCAAAGGUUUUCGUCGUCGUCGUCGUUGCCAGCACCGGCAUUACAGCCGCAGCUGCAUUGCUUUUUGUGUCCACGACACGGACUUGGAAAAGUAAAACAGUGAUGGGCUAAAGAAGAAACAAGAGGGGGGGGGAUGGAGGCGUGGAAAGGAAAAAGAAAUAAAACAUAGUUUUUACUUUAAUCAAGUUACUUACCGUGCACACACGUCUUCUUAGUGUGUGUUGUCCAUUUUAAAAGCGUUAGAUAGAUUAAAGAGAAACAAAAAAUAAAUCUGAAACCGUAGGAAAAAAGAAGAGGGUUCAAGAGGUACCAGGGGUAAUCACGUGCCAAGCCUUUUCUAAAAUUCCUAUCCCAUCUUUCUAUCAAAAGGAAAUGAAAUAAAAAAUGAACAAAAAACAAGCUGGGACGUUGUUUACGAACUGUAGCAUGGAAAUCUCCCAGUAUUCGUAUACUUUUACAUUAUAACUUAUAUGCUUGUACUUUCUUUAGGACUGAUCGAUAAAUAUUAGACGGAAUGAGGAAAAGAGAAAGAAAGAAUGUGACAAAGAGAAGAAGGGGGAGAAAGGGAGAGAGAGAGAAAGCAUUCGUAUGCUUGCUCUGUUGCUAUGUGUCUUUGCAAAAA